AUGGCUCUCAUGUAUGGGAAGGAAAAAGAUGCAGAGCAUGAAUUGACCUCUGACCCCGGUUUCGUUGCAUUCUUUUCCAAACUCCCAAAGAAAUCUCCUGAGACUGGCACGAUUCGUCUAUUCGAUCGCACAGACUACUACUCUGUUCACGGACAGGACGCGCACUAUGUCGCAACACACGUCUUUCGUACCAACUCCGUCCUCAAAUAUCUAGGUGCUGGAGGCAAGGCUGGUGGUCUUCCGAGCGUCACGCUCAGCCAUACCCUCGCUCACUCGUUUUUGCGGGAUGCCCUUACAUCUAAACAGCUGCGCGUAGAAAUUUGGGUGCCCGCACCGGGGCAAGGAAGGAAAGCUUCCAAAUUCAUUUUGGAAAAAGAGGCAUCACCUGGAAAUCUUCAAGCUGUUGAAGACCUUCUUUUUGUCAACUCUGAUGUUACAUCGGCACCCAUUGUUUUAGCUGUCAAAAUAUCAUCAUCUUCAGUCACAAACAAAGCUAAGACCAAGUCAAUCGGCAUUGCCUUCGCGGACACCAGUGUUAGGGAGUUCGGAGUUGCUGAUUUCAUUGACAACGAUCUUUUUUCGAAUCUUGAGUCUCUUGUCAUACAGCUUUCAGUUAAAGAAGCCAUUAUUCCCACCGGAACAGUAUCUGGUACAACAGACCGCGACCUCGAUUUGAGCAAACUAAAAGCCGUGUUCGAGAGGUGCGGUGUUGUUGUGACUGAACGUAAACCAAGCGAGUUUACUGCGAAACAUGUCGAAGAUAAUAUGAGAAAAUUAAUGAUUGACUCAGAAACGGAUUCAGUAUCCGCUACUCUAAUUCCUGAGCUCUCCCUUCCUUCAGCUCCGUCUGCACUUUCUGCCUUGAUCAGCUAUCUUUCUCUCCUUUCUGAUCCCUCCAAUCAUGGGGCAUACAAGUUACGGACACACGAUCUAGCACGAUAUAUGCGCCUGGAUGCCAGUGCAUUACGUGCACUGAAUCUGAUUGACGCCCCUGGGAAUGUAGGAAGCAUCAAUAAACACGCAACCCUCCUUGGUCUGCUAAAUAAAUGCAAAACUGCUCAAGGAACUAGGCUUCUCGGGACAUGGCUCAAGCAACCCUUGAUAAAUCUACACGAGAUACGUAAACGGCAAGACCUCGUGGAGACAUUUGUGGAUGAUGGAUCUUCUCGGAGAACGCUGCAGGAUGACUAUUUGAAGCUAAUGCCUGACCUCCACCGACUAAGCAAACGAUUCAAGAAAUCCAUCGCAUCUCUUGAGGAUGUUGUGCGGGUAUAUCAAGUGGUCCUCAAGCUGCCUGGUUUGCUUGAGACUCUCGAAGGCGUUCAGUACGAACACGAGGAACACGAGGAGCUUAUCGGUGAAUUUUAUAUCAAACCUUUCCAGACUGUCAAUGAGAAUCUCGUCAAAUAUGGCGAAAUGGUGGAGUCAACGCUAGAUCUCGAACAACUGGAACGUCAUAAUUAUGCGAUCAAGCCUGACUAUGACGAGCGUCUGCAGGCUCUGGCAGAUAAACUUCUGGAGAUUCGGGAUGGUCUCGAUGCUGAACAUCGUGCAACCGGCAAGGAUCUUGAUCUUGAUCUCGAAAAGAAGCUGCACCUCGAGAACUCCCAGAAUUAUGGAUACUGCUUCAGAUUGACGAAGAAUGACGCGAAAGCCAUUAUGAGAAACAACAAAUACAUCGAACUCGGGACUGUCAAGAGCGGGGUCUACUUCACGACCAAGAAGCUGAAAGCACUUUCCACUGACCAUCAAGAGACUACGCAUGAAUAUCAGCGAACGCAGAGCGGGUUAGUGAAGGAAGUUGUCAGCAUUGCAUCAACAUAUACGUCCGUCCUGGAGAAUCUCGACCACAUCAUUGCACACCUAGACGUUAUCCUCAGUUUCGCUCAUGUCUCUGUAAACGCUCCUGAGCCGUACGUGAAACCAAAAGUCCUGGAGAAAGGUUCUGGCGGUUUAAUAUUGCGCGACGCGCGGCAUCCUUGCCUUGAAGUUCAAGACGACAUCAGCUUCAUUCCAAAUGAUGUGGAGAUGGUGAAGGGCGAGGGCGAAUUUCAGAUAAUCACUGGUCCAAACAUGGGUGGAAAGAGCACCUAUAUCCGUCAGGUUGGAGUCAUUACUCUCAUGGCACAGACCGGAUGUUUUGUUCCUUGUUCCGAAGCAACAUUGCCGAUUUUUGAUUCCGUGCUUUGCCGAGUGGGUGCAGGUGACAGUCAGUUGAAGGGUGUUUCGACUUUCAUGGCCGAGAUGCUUGAAACUGCCUCGAUCCUCCGAUCUGCCACUCAAGAUUCUCUCAUUAUCAUUGAUGAGCUUGGCCGUGGAACCUCGACGUAUGACGGAUUCGGCUUGGCAUGGUCUAUAUCUGAGCAUAUUGCAUCCCACAUCCGCGCUUUCUGCCUGUUUACUACUCACUUUCACGAGUUGACUGCCCUCGAUCAAGAGCUUCCUCACGUGAAAAACCUUCACGUCGUGGCUCAUGUGAACCAAGAAGAUACCUCUGCGCCGCGUGAGAAGGAUAUCACGCUCCUAUACAAGGUCGAACCAGGCGUUUCGGACCAAAGCUUCGGCAUCCACGUUGCACAACUGGCCAACUUCCCUGAGAAUGUGAUCAAGCUCGCAAAACGGAAAGCUGAUGAACUAGAAGAUUUCGCAACUGGACAACAAUCUGAACCCGAGCAUUCAGACGAAGUCACCGAGGAGGGCAUCCAAAUCAUCGAGGAGUUACUGAAAAAGUGGGCCUCCGAGUCUUCAGCUAACGAUGAGGACGUCAUGAUGGACGAUAUGUCACAUGAGGCUCAGCUGGCUGAGCUGCGGCAAUGUGUCGAAGAGUUCAGACCACGCAUAGAACAAAAUGCGUGGGUACAGUCUCUACUGACGUCUUUCUGA